AAACUGUAUUGACCAAAACCUGCAUAACAUCAAACAGAGAACGUAAAGAAGAAGGCACAAAGCGAGAAAUGGCACGCCUAACUGUCCCUUCAGUUCUAACUUCACCUCGUGAUGAUGCCAUGCAACUUUAUAAAGCUUUCAAAGGACUUGGAUGUGAUAAAGCAGCAGUCAUUAACAUCCUUGCCCACCGCGAUGCAACUCAACGUGCUCUUAUUCAACAGGAAUACAGAAGUAUGUACUCUGAAGAGCUAAACAAGCGCUUGGCCAAAGAGCUUAGCGGUAACCUUGAGAAAGCAGUAUUGCUAUGGAUGUGUGAUCCGGCAGGAAGGGAUGCUACCCUAGUUAGGAAGGCUUUGAGUGGUGAUGUUAUAGUUGCCACUGAAGUGAUAUGUUCUCAAAUACAAUAUUUUAAACAACUUUACCAUUCCAUGUUUGGUGUCUAUCUUGAGCAUAUGAUGAUCACAAAAAGUUUAGGAGAUAUGAGGAGAUUGCUUCUAGCAUAUGCAAGGACAAUGCGGUAUGAAGGGCCAGAAGUUGACAGAGGUUCGGUGGAACAUGAUGCUAAAGCUCUUUUCAAAGCUGGGGAGAAGAAAUUGGGAACUGAUGAGAAGGCUUUUAUACGAAUAUUUUCUGAAAGAAGCAGGGCGCAUUUGGCUGCUGUUAGUGCUUCUUAUCACAGCAUGUAUGCUAACUCGUUGAAAAAGGCUGUAAAAAGUGAAACCUCUGGACCCUUUGAGUUUGCCCUCUUGACUAUUUUGCAGUGUGCUGAGAAUCCAGCAAAGUACUUUGCCAAGGAGUUGCACAAGGCAAUGAAGGGCAUGGGUACGGACGAUACAACUCUCAUUAGGAUAAUAGUGACGCGAACUGAGAUCGAUAUAAGCAGAGUACCACAAAAAGCAUAA